AACUCUCAUCAAAUCCCUCUCUCCCUCUCUCUGCAUAACAAUGGUUCUAAGCUUCAAGAGCCCCUUCAUCAAGUUGGAAGACAAAGAGAGGGAUCGGGAGGAGAACAUGGAUAAUAAGGCCGGCUAUGCAGGUCAUAAAAGCUCAGAAAAGAAUUCAUCAGCUGUAGGGUUGCGAAUCCUCAUACAGAUUUCACAAGAUAAAUCCAAUAUCCUCGUGAAAUCAGCAUUCAGAAGCCAACCCACCUCUCAAUCACACCAUCUUCGGACCAAACCUCCCGAAUCUUGCUUUCUGAAAACAUGUCAAUUAUGCAACAAGAAACUAAGCCUGGAUAAAGAUGUGUACAUGUACAGGGGUGACCAAGGGUUUUGCAGCAUAGAGUGCAGGAACAGGCAAAUUGUUUUGGAUGAAAUAAGAGAACUCGAAACAGCUUCUACAAAGCGAAUGCUGGCAUCUUAUAGGCAUUGUUGCAGUAGUGGUCGACGUGAGACUCAGACCCUCCUAGAGGAAUUCCGUCAACGACGUGAGCAUAGGCCGAUCCCAUCUGGAGGAAACUGGGCAAUAGUUUCAUAGAUUCACAGUGUUCAUAAUACCAUAGUUUUCAUGAGAUGAAUAUGAUCAGAAGAUAAUAUGAUGUAGAGUAGAAGAGAGAAGUAAUUAAGGGAGUUUGAAUUUCUGUUGCGAUUUGUUUCGCUUAUAUAUUUGCUGUAAGACAACAAAAACAGGUAGAGAAGAUGGCUUUAAAGCACUGAUUUUUUUUUUUCCCUACCCAAAAAGAAGUAAAAGCAGAGCUCUUGUUUCCCUUGGGAUUGUAAGAUAAGUAUCCCCUAAAUCUUCUUGGCAGUCGCUUUCUUUUCUUGUCUGUUAGCACAGGGCCAUAAGAAGUGGGCCGGCUUGAAAGAUAUUUCCGAGCAUUAUCAAUGCUUUGAUACUGGCAGUGGCGUCGUUUAGUAGACAAAACGGGCAGUGGACAUUACCAUUCUUUCAUAGUUGGCAGAGAGAGAACUCCUACUUCUUCGAACCAGCCCCUUUUUUUCAUGUAGAUCAGAUAAUAUCGUAAUGGUUAUCUCUUUUGUCGUUGGUGGUGUUUUUUUUUUUUUCCUGAGUGGUAAUGGUUCACUCUUGUUUGUCAAAUGGUGGAGAUAAAGUUGUGUAUUUGUCA